CCAUCACCACAAAACAACAUCUCCGGCACCUGAAUCGGCAAACUCAACACAAGCCUUUCGCCAUUCCUGUAGCAUAUGAAAACAACAUGUAGAAAUAAUAGACAAGCCCCAUCCGCAACUCUACUCGACAAACAACAUCCAUCACAAAACUACCACAACUCAGCAACCGCCAACCAUGCUGUCAACGACUCUACCAGGCACCGCCUUGCAAGGCUGGCAUCCCGGCGAGCUCUCGGUCCAAAUGAAGCUCGGAUACGCAGACGCUGUUCAGAGUCAUUGGCGCAUUACUGAAAAUGCUAUGCGCGAGCAGCACCGCAUCUUCCACACUUCUAAUUUACACUUUAUCCCCAUCACAACCAGCGAUAGCCUAGGCAGGCCCUGGGCUUCUAUUGUGACGGGCGCCAACGGCAAAAUCGGCUUUGUAAAGAGCCCCAAUGCCAAUACUCUCCUCAUAAACACGCGCCUUUGGGAUGGCGAGCCACUAUUAGAGACCGUCAAGGCCCUACAAGACGGCAACUCGCAAAGCAACAAUACGCCAGAACGAUUUCUCACUGCUGGUGUUGGCAUUGAAUACUCCACGCGGCGACGAAACAAGUUUGCUGGCGAGCUCGUCGGAGCUACGCAAGUGUCAGGCAUGGAUUGGCAACUCCACUGCCAUGUAACUGAAGCUCUUGGAAACUGUCCAAAAUAUAUCAAUGUUCGAGACUUGGUGCCGUGUCCACCGCCAAACCCCCAGAUUGCGCACAGGAGCCUACACAUGACCGCAGAGGAACAGUUACCUCAACCAGUUAUAGAUUUCAUCACCAAUUCCGAUACCGUGUACAUCGGCUCAGUGUACAAAGCCGACCCGUCCAACGCACACAAGUAUCCGUCGCAUGCGGGUAUGAAUUCUAGGGGCGGACUGCCAGGCUUCAUCAGAGUGAUGCCAUCCGAUAAACGCACAGUUGUAGUCCCCGACUACUCUGGCAACAGAUUCCUCAUGAGCCUCGGAAACAUCGAAUCGAGCGGGCUAGCAUCCAUGACCUUUAUUUGUUUCAAGACUGGCGAUGUUCUCUACCUCACCGGUAAAGCAAAAGUUGUGGUUGGCCAAGCGGCGAUGAAAAUUAUGGCCAGGCAAGCUUGUGUUGUCACAAUGGAGACUACAGGCUACACAUUUGUGCGUGACGCUAUGCCUGUCAGACAGCGGCCAGGCACAGAAGUCGAGCGCAGUCCGUAUAGCCCCAAGAUCAAAUACCUUGUUGACGAGCCCCAGGCGCUUGUGUCGACAGCAGGGGGCCACAAGGCGCAACUCGCAAGUGCACGACAGCUUAGCAAGGACCUGGCUGUAUUUACUUUCAAGGUCGCAGCCAAGAACGGCGUACCUCCGCUAAAGAUUCGACCAGGUCAGGCAGUGGUGCUCGACUUUAUGGAUUGGAUUGGCCCACCCCAGUACCGCCACAUGGCAAAUGACAGUCCAGAAUCCAUCAACGACGACCGCGUCCGAACAUGGACCGUCUCGAGCGCCCACGAAGGAACCGAAGCGACAUGGUUUGAUAUGACUAUGCGGGAGAUGGAGGGAGGCGUCGUGACGGGGGCUCUGUUUAGUCUUUUGCGACAGCGUCGAGACGUACUCUGGGGGCAGCCCAUGACGUUUCGCGGCGGUGCCGUAGAGUCGGAGAUUGUUGGCGUAACAGGUGACUUUUACAUGAAAGAGGGCAGCGUCAACAUGUUGCUGGUCGCGGGCGGCAUCGGUCUCACACCAUUCUUAUCUAUGUUUUCAGCACUGACCCAGCGCGGAAGCAAAGCGCAGGGCAAGGUUACGCUAGCACUAGCAGCCAGAGACGCAGACGUGAUGUUGGGCUUGACCAAAGAAUCUCUCCGCCAACUUCCGCGAGGCGUGACAGUCCAUAUUGACCUGUUUACCAGCCAAGCCACGACCGAUGAGACCGCUUUCUCUGGCGCGGAAAAUGUGACGAUUAAGGUACAUCGAGGACGUAUUCCAGCAAGCUACUGGAACACUAUUAGUGAUGAGGAAGUCUUUAUAUGCGGACCUGGUGGCUUUGCAGAUGCGGCAGUUGAGGGCCUCAGGGCGGCUGGUGUCGCAAACUCCCAAAUUCACCGGGAAGGAUUUUACUAAUAAUUAAUGUUUUAAGAUGUGGGUAUAUGAUUGUAUUCUGGGGGCGUUUGGAUCGGGAGGCGUUGAUUUAGAUGGAAUUUGUCUUAGGCAUUUAUAGAUACCGGCUAACUGUAUCACUGGAGCGUAAACAAGCAUAUGUUUAUUCAAAAGAAAUUAUCAUUGAAUUCAUGGCAUAUCUUAUGUUGUAAUUUAUAUAUUCUCGACUAACCAUGGACGACGUGCGAGACAGUACCGUCCUCCUUGAGGUGGACGUUGAGUCUGUCGGGGUUCAGGUCUCUGGUGACCAUUUGGCCGGUUGUGAUGAUGCGAGUCUGUGCGGGGAGUUCGCUCUUGGAAAAGGCCUGGAAGAGAGACAAGUAUUAGCCAUUGUAACUUUCGGUUAAAAAAAACAAGAUCUUAUAGAGUUGCGGGGGGCAUACGGUUUCCGUGGAAGCUCCGUCCGUCAGCGAUUUACCGACGAGCUUGUGCGUCCACUCCUCGGUGGGGUUGGAGGCCUUUGUGGUGAUGCCGGGGAUGACGAGGGGCAUGGUUGCAGAUUUGUGUGUGUUUGGUGGCGGUGGUGUUGUGGUGAUGAAGAAGGUAGAAGAGUGAUUGUGAGAGUUGAAAUAAAAAAUAUAGCGGAGGAUGUGCAAGUGCUUUCUUUUUGUUCGUUGGCGAAAAGAGUCAAUCAAGGUUAUGCUUUUUGGUGGUGACGACGGACGAUGACGACAGAGAGGGGCGCCACACGUUGCUAGCGCCACAGUUGCAGCACCACCGUCCUGUUUUGGCUGGGUGUGGCUCAGGCGCUGUAGAAAAUACAGGAGGGCCAAGGAAAAGGAUGUGCAGCGGGGGAUUGGCGC